UAUAUAUUAUAUUGUUUUUUUAUUUCUUAUUAUAUCUCGAGGGCUUAAAACCAGAACUGUCUAUGUCCAUUUUUGGUGAAAUUGAGUUAAAUCCAUCAAAGUACUGUAUAUUCAUUUCAGUUUGUGUGCCAGAACUGUCUAUUCCCAUGUAUGUCCAUUAGCCAUUUUACUUUUCAUGUCCAGACUGUUUCAAGUACUUUCAUGCAUUCAUUAAGAAUUGCGCAGUACUUGCAGUUUUCUACUAAUUAAGCAGAUUAGAUUUCCUAUGCAGCUUCCACUGAUUGUGGCCAAGCAACACCAUAUCAUUGCCCGGAAAAAACGUAAUGAUGAAUAAAAAAGACCAAUGUGCAACAUGUACGAAGUAUGACCAGUUGUCGGGAGAACAGAAGGAGAAUUUCAUGGAAACCCAUCUCGUGCGAAAAACAGAGGCUUAAGGUUCCAAAGCAGUACCCUUGCAUCGUGUAAGACAGGAAAUCAUUGUGAAUAAGAUGGAGCGCAAAAGAGGACAAGCUUACAACAAGAAAUAUGCUGAUGACUUUGACUUGACUUUGACUUUAUUGCAUCAUCAGGAAAGAGCAAACAUCAUGCAACUUGCAAAUAAUGUCGCCAAGAUUUGUCAAUUUUGCAUGGCGGUUGUAAUGACAUUGUUGUUCAUUGCAAAUCAAAGCAACACAUCACUGCUUUCCAGUCUGAAUCGUCAGCAUGAAAAAUAACAUCAUGGUUGUCAACCUCCAAGGAUUUUAAUAUAACUAGAGCUGAGUGCUUAUUUACAUCAUUUUAUUUGGAGCACAAUAUUCCUCUGUCAGCUGCAAGUCACAUGGGACCAUUGUUCAGGAAAGCCUUUCCUAAUUCUGAGGAGGUUAAGAAGUUUUCCAGUGCAAGGACCAAACUUCUUGUCUUGUGUGUGAAAUGGCAAAAGAUGAACAAGGACAGAUCGUUUCAGCCAUGAGAGAACAGCCAUUUGCAAUAUCAACUGAUGGGAGUAAUGUCAGCAACAGUAACUAUACCCAAUUGUCAUCAACUACCAUGAUGGUAAGCAAAUUUCUUGCACUCUGCUUUCCCUCCCAACCUUAGAAAUGGCAGGAACUGGUGGAAAUAUUGCACAAUUGCUCAUAACAGAGCUGCAGAAACAUGAUAUCUCAUGGGACAACUGCACAUCAUUGGGAUAAGACAAUGCAUCAGGCAUGACUGGUGUACACAAGGGAAUUGGGGCAUGCCUCAGAAAGUGUCAGCCAAACUUGGUUGCCCUAAUCAACUAAUUGAUCUUGCUGCCAAAGCUGUGUCAUCUGCAUUACCAUAUUCAAUUGACUCGCUCCUCAUUGAUGUGUUCUACUAUCUGGAAGCCAGCGUGAACAGGAAAUUGAAUCUCAUAAAGUUCCAGAUGCUAAUUGGGAAUGAAGCUAGUGCAGGCAAUUCUGAAACAUGCUUGUACGAGAUGGCUGAGCUUGGGCCAAUGCUUGCCAAGAUUUAUCUAGCAAUGGCAAGCUCUAGUCCUUUUUUUAAAGGAGAAGUGUCAGCCCAGCAGAAGAAGCCUACUCAAAAGACCAAGCAGAAGAUGCCUACUCAACAGACAAAGCAGAAGAAGCUUACUCAACAGACCAAGGCAACCAAGAAUUGUGUCCAGACUGCACUUGUUCCAAAGAAGCCAACUCCAGCUGUGAAAAAUAAACCUGCUCAGGGAUCUCAACUACAGGAAAAGCCUCCUCACCAAACCAAGAUGACUCCACAACUCCAUGAAGCAUUCCGCAUUCCCAAGAAGGUGUCUGCAGAUCCACCACAUGUAAGCAAACCUGCCCAGUCUCAGACCCAAGUUCAACUUCAAGCACCACAGCCACAACACAGUAGACCAUCUUCAAGCUGUACUACUCGGGGAAAAACGACAAGUGAGGGACACUUCGGAUACACCUAGCAAGAAGCAGAAGACUGGGAAAGUUGUCGGCAAGGCAACAGGCUCAACAGUGCUCAAGGCUGGAACUUCCAGUCAUCCCAGUACGAUUUCUAGUAAAAUGACUGGAAAUGGAAAAAACAAGAUGUGGAGGAAAAAAGAAAACAAGACAGACAGUAAAGGAUGAAACAAGACAGGAAAGAAUUCUGAAGUCAUUGCACUCAAACCCAAUAUUAGCCAUUGCACAUUUUCUCAGCCACAGCAUCAUUGCGUCUGACAAGAAAAGUGUCAUCUUCCAGACGAGAAGUCCUCUGAUACACAAGCUGAAAGGAAUACGAGAAAGUCUACUGCGUGACUUGUACAGCUAAUUGUAGCUCCACAAGCAAUCAUUGCAGCCACAGACUUGACCCUUCUGGACUACAAGAACAAGGAGAAUCUUUUCGAAGAAUCUGAAAUGGUCAUAGGAAGUGCAACAAGAGAAAUUGUGAACACUUUAGAUGAGUCUGAUUGCCAUAAGUUUUAUGCAGCAGUGCGUUCAUAUUAUACCAAGGCAUGUGACUACAUUAUAAGUAAGUUUCCAUUCAAGUCUGAUGUUCUCAUCCAUGUGCAAGUGGCUGACAUUGCAUGUCAGAAGGAUGCCAAAUUCACUUCUCUAAAGUUCUUCAUCAACAAGUUCCCCUGCAUGCUGCUUCAGGAAGAAGAAGACAAGCACAGUGCCCUAGAUGCUUUGGAGAACCAGUUUCUUAUCUAUCAACUUGCUCAGCUUCUGUACUUAGUGCAAAGAGACUUCGCGCUCGUGAUGUGCGCUAUGCGCACAUGAUAUUCACUUUUACUUUAAAUGUUACUAAUUGAAAAUUCCAAAUGUUGGCAGCUAUGCCAGGCCAAGGUAGUUGCUGGAAAGAGGACUUUUGUCUCGGCUUCUUUUGAUUUGCAAAGUAAAUGUGGCUGCAACGUUACUCUAUGCCAUCCAGAACACACAUCUCAAAGUCAUCGCACACAAUUUUCUGGAGAGUGGGCAUUCCCACAUGGAAUACAAUAGCAUGCAUUCUGCUAUUGAAACAGAAAAAAAGAACAUCAAUGUCUUCACAAUGCAUGACUGGGUAAAAAAGCUUCCACAAAUUAAGACGUCGGCUUCCAUACAAGGUCAUAAACAUGUGCCAUGGAGACUCUUAUGAUCUGAAAAAACUCUCACAGCAGAUCAUGAAUAACAAACGCCCAGACGAAGAUGGACACGUCUUCAACUGGCUACAUGUAAAGAGCUUCCAAUACAGGAAGGAAGAGCAAGGCACCAUCUGCUACCAUCUAUAACUACUUGGAUGACUACAAGAAGAUAGAUCAUCAGUUCCACGUAAUCUGGACCUUGUCUACCAAGAGAAGCAUUAAAA